AUUGACUUUUGCAAGCUUGACACUUUUUUCUCUUUCAAAAAAAAAAACGUUAUGGGUUUUCGACGCAUAAGCAGUAUUCAAAACAGUAUAGCUGCAACUAAAGUUUGUGUUGAAAUAUUAUCCAACUCCUAUAUUUCUUCUAGACAUAUAGACCUUGUUAAACGUCGUCUCUAUGGCUAUAUUUUGAAAAAGGGCGAUCAGACAGAGUGGAACAUAUGUGGUCACAAAGUUCUUUGCAAGAUCGUUUCUGUUGAAGGAGAGUCAAACAAGACAGAUCGAUCAACACAAUAUCAAUUUGUACAAACUCGACCUUGUAGUGCAGUGACAGCUGAAGAGCAAAAAGACAUAUAUAUCACAAGCUUGAUUGAUAUGAUUCGAAGUUCAUUUGAUAAUUCAGAAGCUUAUCAUCAACUAAAUAUCCCUGUUGCUAAAUCUAUCUUGAUCCACGGCGUUUCAGGUGUAGGCAAGACUAGACUAGUCAAACGUGUCAGUGAGAUUCUCUCAAGCGUUGUCUAUGAACUAUCUAGCCAUGACUUAUUGUGUUUCAAUGACGAGGAAUAUGAUUUGAGUGAAUUUGAAAAUUAUAAUCCGUUGUCUUUGCUGACAGAAAAGGCAAUCUCAUCAGCACCUUCCAUCCUUAUAUUACGUGAUUUAGAUGCAUUGACAAAGCAAAAUGCUCGGGACAAACUUAAACGGAUUUUAGAUGUGAUUUCUCAGUGUGUAAGGAAAAUUGGUAGCUCAAAAAUACCCAUUGUCCUUAUUGGAUUAGCACGCGAAUUAAAGCAACUACCAGAUGCAUUCAAAAAGACAGACAUUUUCAGCCAACACAUGUUGUUACCUAUACCUUCGCUUCCCCAAAGAAAACUGCUUUUGAAUCAUUUCUUGAAAAACGUAAAACUAGGGGCUGAUGGAACAGAAGACAAAGAUACAUUAAACUAUUAUACAACUCAAAUUAGUUUGCGUACUUCAGGAUACGUUGCAAGAGAUUUGAAACUAAUGGUUCGACAAGCAAAACUAAAAUCAAUGAGAUCCAGUGAUAUUGCAGAUCAAUUGAGUAAACUCAAUCUAUCAUCAUCCAAUUGCUUACAAUGGCAAGAUUUUGAAUACGCUCUUGAAACCUAUCGACCUUCUCAAAGACAAUCAGAACAAGUAGAAUCUACUUUGCCUAAAAGAGAUUGGAAUGAUCUUGGUGGGUAUCGAGCUAUCAAGGACAGAAUGAGACAAGCAAUUUUAUUGCCCUUAUUACAGCCUGAAGUAUUUAGAAAGCUAGGUAUCAAACCACCUUCAGGGUUAUUACUCUAUGGACCAUCUGGAUGUGGCAAGACAGCACUUGUUCAAGCUCUCGUGUCUGAAUCUAUGAUGAACGUUAUUUCUAUCAAAGGGCCCGAAAUAUUUUCAAAAUAUCUUGGCGAAACCGAAAACAAGAUUCGUAAAUUGUUUGCAACUGCAAAACGUAUUUCCCCUUGUAUUGUUUUUAUUGACGAGAUGGAUGCCAUUGGUACAAAAAGAGGAUUUGACAUGAAUGAUGGAGAAAGUGGUGGUGUUAAUGAACGUGUAUUGAGUACAUUACUAAAUGAAAUGGAUGGCGUUGAAGGAAGACAAGGUGUUGUUGUAAUUGGAUGUACAAACCGACCUGAUCAGAUCGAUGAUGCUAUUCUUCGACCAGGACGUUUGGAUCAAUUAAUAUAUGUUGAAUUACCAACUUUGCAAGAUCGGAUUGAUAUUAUCAAAACUAUUAUCAAGAAAGUCUCGGCCUCAAACGAUAUUGAUCCAGAAGAAUUAGCCAAGCAAACGGAAUUUUGUACUGGCGCAGAUUUAGACAAUUUGUUUAGAGAGGCUGGCACUAUAGCUCUAAGAAAAGAUCUCAACGCAGAGUAUAUAACUGAUGAUCAUAUUCAGACAGUGCUGAUAUCUAUUUGUGAAAGAGCAGAGAAUCAAGUUCUCGAAGGCAAUUUGGAUAUUUAUGAACGCUUAAAACACAGACAGUUUAAAUAGUAUUUAUAGAUUUUGACAAUAAAUUUUUUUUGUUGCAUAAAUCAA